UUUCAAUUGACUUGGUUGGUUAUGGUAGAAACAUUUGAUUAAUUUUCUGUCAUCCCACAUUUACAGUUGCCACUGAAGUGUCCCAGUUUAUCUCCCUCUGUCACUCCCCUCCCCCUUCAUACAAGCUCACUUUUGUUGUAGCAAACUAAGUCCAAAGCGUGAAAGGACUUGGCUGAGGCUGCCAAUGCUUCUUUCUUUAAUAGUCUACAUAUUUCUAAAAUUUAUGAUCUAUUUUACAGUGAAAAACUUUGUAUUUCAAAAAUAGGCACAACUAAAAAUGUGCCUAUCUGGGGAAUCCUUUGUUGGGAGGUGUUAGCUGGCCCUGUUUCCUGUCUGGAAUUCCUCUGUUUUCUGAGUAUUGAUCUCUAUCUAUCUAUCUAUCUAUCUAUCUAUCUAUCUAUCUAUCUAUCUAUCUAUCUAUCUAUCUAUCUAUCAUCUAUCUAUCUAUCUAUCUAUCUUUUUCAGGAUUGGAAUUCCCUUCUUAGAGGUAGAUUUCUCUCACUUCCUGUUAUCUCACCACCAUUCUUAACUAUGAGUCAUUUGUAAGUCGGAUGUUUGUAGCUCGGGGACUGCCCGUAUAGGAAAGGCAGGAAGGAAACUGAAAAACUCAAGCAGAAAAAGGCUGAUCAGAUGACGGAUAUUGUCAUUGUACUGCUGUUCCAUGUAUAAUUUUGCGAAGAAAGAUUAUUAAAAGUCAUUAAAAUUUUUGCACCUCUCUUCUUCAAAUAAAGCAGUCUUCCUGCAGAUCCAAAAAUCAUCGAGCACUAAACAUUACACAAAUAAUACAGAAAUUAUUUCUAUUUGCAGAUUAUGAAAGCAUUGAAGGGACUAAAGAAUUUGGAAAUCUCUCUGGACAUCCUAGUGGAAACAGGAGUGGGAAAAAUAGUGAACAGCUUGAGGAAACAUGACGUUGUAGGUGAUCUGGCAAAGUCCCUGGUACGUCAUUGGAAAAAACUUGUUCCUGAAGAUGUCACAAGCACACCCACCCUACAAAAACAUAAUACCAAUAAUGAAAAAGGACCUCAAGUUAAAAACACUAGAUUGACGACAUCAAAGAAAAGUAUGCAUUUCAAGAAACCUCAGACCAGUCAAUCAAAUUGCAACAUUUCAUUUCCAUCUGAUAAGUCAAAGAAAGCACAAACCUUGGAGAAGAAGCAAAACAAUGAAGGAUCUGGCUCAUUUAGCAGAUGCAAAAGUCAAUGCAACAGCGAAGCCAGGAAUGAUGGUACAUGUAAGGAUUCAUCUGGUGACCUAGAAACAAGUGAUAGAAAAAAUAUUUGUAAAGCAAGUGAUGAGCAAGAAACACCUUUAGAAAAGGCCACCUCUUCUGUGGCAAACAGCCAAUGUUUCAACAGGAACCAUUUGGCUGCAUCCAGCAGAAAAGAUUUUUUACUCCUAGACAUAGAGAAAUCUGAUAAGGAUCCACCAACUAAGCAAAUGGAUACUGGACUGAAAGGGACACGAAAAUCAAAUUCAGUGUCCCAAAGUCUAAUGGCUUUUCAGAACCACAGUAUGUCUUUUGAGUCAUACCUGAAUUAUGAUCAGGUUUCACAGAAGAGAAGGAAGAGGAAUUCUUGCCCCACAAAUAGACGGGCGGCAAAAGGACCCACCAACUCAGAAUCUUGGAAAUUGUUGACUAAAGGUACUGCUGAAGAAGGGGAAAAAGUAAAAUCGGAAGAGCUCCUGAAAACAUGGAAUAAUAUGGCUAAGGCAUCACUUCAAGACUUGCUGAAUAUCCCACUUCCUAAAGUUCUGCCAGAAUUAUCAAUGCCUUCUCCUCCAUAUGCGCCAGAAUUUAAAGCUCCACCAUCCACGGAAAAACCACCAAAGGAGAAUGAAGCCACUCAACUCACACUUUGGAGGCGAAACUCCAAAAUGCAAGUGUAUUUUGGCUCUAAAUUGUUCUGCCUCUCAAAAAUGUUAACGCUUUAUGAACAAUGCAUCCAUGUUCUUCAAAAUAAUAUUGACUCACUUUAUGAAGUUGGAGGAGUUCCCUUUGAAAUCCUGGAGCCUGUCCUGGCUUGUUGUACACCGGAACAGUUGCUUCGGAUAGAAAAAUUGAAUCCGACAUUUGUCAAAGAAUCUGACCACUUGUGGAAGAAACAUUGUCAAAACUACUUUAGAAAUGAACAGCACUUGCAAGAUGAAUCAUGGCGUGAGAUGUAUUUGAGGGUCUUUGUACAAAGAGAAGAAAAGCUGAAGUCUCUCACCAAAAGCAUUAUUUCAGCUCAGUCUGAGAAACAUAAAGGUCGCCGAGUUAAAAUAACUUUGAUCCAUGGUGUGACAAAGCCACCCAGAAAUGUCCACCACCAGCAAAUCAUCUAUGGGACAUCAGGGCUGGGUUUUCAGCUUCAACCAAAAUCAAAGAACUUAAAAAAACAAGAAAGAAGUAAGACCUCUUCUGUUUCCAAAAAAAGUAGCAAUAUAUCAUCUACUAGACCCCCCAUUUACAGGAAUGUGCCAACUGAAGUGGUGAAGAAACCACUUAAAAGUUGGCAGAAGUUGGGGCUAACAGCAGGAGCUCAUCCCGUCCUGUGGAUUUGAACUGCCAACUUUCAGCUUUUCCGGCUCCCCGCCUACCAUGAGGCGAGUCCAUCAAGAGAAUAUGAUGCCAGCUGGAGAAGUGAAUUCUAUCAACAGAAACUUCAAACUCCUGCAGGAAUCCAAAAAUGGUAUGAUGCCAAGACACUAAUAAAAAUACAUAUAAAAUCUGUAUGUUUUUCAUUGAACUGAUCAUAUUAACAUAACAUGCCCAUUGUGUUUCUGAGGCUCACCCUUUGUACAAAUCGGACUUGGCCAAUAAUCCUACCAUGUACUGUUUUACAUAUUGGUUCAACUCAUGUUUGCCUGUUUGUUCCUUUCCAAAUGACUGCAGGAUUGGAAUCAUUUGGAACUCCUGGCCCAGACUGAAACUAGUCUGAUUUCUGACCAAUCAAAGGAGAGUGCGAGGACUUUGAAUGGAUGACAAAGGGCAUAAAAUACCUUGUACUGUAUUGCAUGAUUAUGUCUGAUCUUUUGGAGCCAAGUGACUCUGUAUCAGACAUCCUUUGUGGAUUGAAAAUAAUAAAAUUCUGUUCAUGUU